AUGAAGGGCAAGACUGAUUUGCAAUCUUCACCCAAUCUAUCUGAAGAGGAAGAAGGUGACUAUGAGACUGUAAGUUCUAUGACUCUGGAGGCCAUCCAUGCUUUGAGAAUCCUUCCUGCCAAGCCUCUAGAAGAAUCUGAAUAUGCAGACAAACGUUGUUUAAGGCCUUCAGGUCCCACUUCCCCAAUAAACAGCCAGCACACAUCUCAGUCCCCUCAAUACUCAGCUAAAUACACAUCUGUUACGGAUAGGAGAGGCGUGACAAGUGCCACAGGAGAAAGAAUGAAAACACAUGGACUCAAGGAGCCUGUGCCUCCCCCACGGCCUCUGAAGACACUGCCAAAGCAGUAUCAGCCACUUCCUCCAGAGCCACAGAUAAGCAGCCAGCUCCCUCAGACAAGGAAGGUGCUCAGCCAAGCUCACACCUUUCCGGUGUCAGCAAAAGUCACAAGACAUUUAUCUGUUGAACUAAAUGAGGCACCAAGAAGAGAACAAGUUACAGAUUUGGGGAAGUACCCUGAAUCUUUUAGAGCACAUUAUCAACCAAAACAUCACCCUGAAGCCAGCCCUCAAUCUAUGCAGAGCUCUAAGUACAUCUGCAGCUCAGGAUCCAUGUUAAGUGCAGAGAAUUUGUCAAUAAUGAGGUCACCCUACACAGCAUGCAAAAAUAAAUCAAAACCUUCACUUGUCAAACAGGAAACACAAUCUCCUGCCCAAGCCACUGAACAGGAUUUAAAGAACUACGAAUGGUACAUUGGAGGAUAUGAUCGCCACAAAGCAGAGCAGGCACUGCUACAGGAAAACACUGAUGAGACAUUCUUGGUCAGAGAUUGUUCAAAGAAAUCAAAUGCUGAACCAUACGUUUUAGUUGUCUAUUAUGGAAGAAGAGUCUACAAUAUUCAAGUACGUUUUCUGGAGGACAGUCAGCAGUACACACUGGGAACAGGGCUCAGAGGAGAGGAUAAAUUUAAUUCUGUGAAAGAGAUCAUUGACUUCUACAAGAACGUUCCCAUCACACUCAUUGACGGCAAGGAUAAAUCAGGAACGCAGAGAGAGCAGUGCUACCUCACUUAUCCGUUCAAGUCACACAAGAUGGUUUUCACUUUAGUGCCACCCACAUUUUUGUAUGUGAAUAGCACAAAGAAACACCAUCAGCCCUUCAGUGAGAAGCUCCCCAUAUUCUGAUGCAUUCUAAAUGCCUCACUAAAAAUUAGUCUCCACUUGAGAAUACAGAUCCCACCCAUUUCUUUGAUUCCUGUAGUCUGUCUUUGAGAUAACAAAUAUGUGCCACCGUAUUAAGUCACAGCAAAGUGUGGACACAGACUCCUGAUACUUAGUAACAACUUAUCUUGCACUCUACCUUCUAUCUCAAGACCAAACCCAGAUCCCAUUUUUCCUACCUACACGCCACUGAAGCCCAGUUUCUAGCAAAACCUAAUAAAGUAUACUUUAUUUUUGCUUUUAAAAAUAAAUAUGAAAUGGUAUUUGUCAGAGUACUCUGUUUAACAGUUUCAGUGUGCCCAAUUAGCCAUGAUCAGCAGCCACUGCUGUCAGCUGAUACUCGUGGAAGAGCAGAUUCUAAAGGUAGCUUUAAUGAUGUGUAUUCUAUAAUUGACACUUAUUUCGCUUAAGAAGCAAACAGCUGUAUCCAAUCUAAGCCUUCAAACACACACAAACAGUCCCUUUGAACUCAUAGCAGUGCAGAGAUAAAAACUAUCAGUAGGUACAGUAUAUGUAUUUCAAGCUCCGCAAGAAAAUGUUUCAGUGUGCAUCAAAAAUGACGAGGUGGUAUUCUUCCA